GUGUUCAGUUCUUUUCUUUAUUCCUUUCUUACAAAUGCUACAACAUGCAAAUUUAUAUUUAUUUGGUGUUUCUGAGUAUUGUGACGAUUUUUGGUUAUGAGGAUUUAUCAAAAAAUAAGAAUGCCUAUCAAAGUUCAACAUCUUACUGCAAACCUGCUUGUACUGCUUCAAAUGCAAUGGAUGGAAACAUACAAACAUGUACGAAGACAAAGGAAAUCGGUACAAACAAUCCAAACAAGUGGGUCUGGUGGUAUGUAGAUCUGGGAGACAUAAACAGUAUAUACAGUAUCAGGAUACAGUUUAAAGAUUAUGGUGGAAAAGACAAUGCAACAGUUAUGACACAGCGAGGUCGUUUUGCUGGCUUCUCCAUUUACGUGUCUAACUCUUCUAAAAAAGAGGAUGGAUAUCUAUGCUACCAUAAUGGGGAAAAAUUACCUUUCUUAGAUUUCAAUACUAUAUGUAUUACACAUGGACUUUUUGUAAUAUUUUACAACGAAAGAGUGGAUGGAGUAAAUUAUCCUCCAGGAUAUAAAACUGAAAACGUUUUCACUGAAUUGUGUGAAGUAAAGGUUACAGGUUGUAAGAAUACCAGUACUUAUGGAUAUGACUGUGAUCUCCAAUGUCCAGAAAACUUUCAAGAACAUAGAUGUUACAUUGUGAAUGGCUCCUGUCUGGGGUGUAGACCUGGCUGGAUUGGAGAGUUCUGUAAUAAUUCCUGUCCUGUGGGAUAUUACGGUCUGGAGUGCAGAACACCAUGUAUUGGACAUUGUAGAAACAACAAGCCUUGUAAUCAUAUCACUGGACAAUGUGAUGAGGGUUGUGCUGACGGAUGGACAGGGAGUGAUUGCAGCAAAGAAUGUCCGGCAGAAACGUAUGGUCCUGAUUGUAUGUACAACUGUAGUGGGCACUGUGUAAAUGGCGUCCCUUGUAACAGAACAACUGGAAGUUGUGACUCGGGCUGUAAACCUGGAUAUACGGGGAAGCACUGUGAUAAAGUUUGUUCCGUUGGAUUCUAUGGACUGAAUUGCACAAAACAGUGCAAUAACCACUGUCGACACGGUAUAAAGCAUUGUAAUCACAAAGAUGGACACUGUGACCUUGGAUGUCAAGAUGGAUUUCAAGGAAUCGUAUGCAAUGAAACAUGUGAUAGUGGUAGCUAUGGAAUCAAGUGUGCCCAUAAUUGUUCUGAUAAAUGCCAUGAUGUCUGUAACCGUAUUGAUGGAUCAUGCCUCUGUUCUGAGGGAUGGAUGGGGUCUCCGAACUGUGACAAAGAAUUCCUUUUAGGCAAUUAUGGACUGAACUGCAAGAACAAGUGUUCAGAGAAAUGUAAAAAUAAAACGUGUAACAUACAGAAUGGAACUUGUAUUUAUGGAUGUGUGGAGUCAUUUGAAGGAUCUAAAUGUGACCAAAGAAAACCAUUUCAGCAAGGCGACCCAGUAAAACCUGUAGCAGUGGGAGGGGCGGUUGGAGCUGUAUUUCUUGUAA